UGAUUAUUUAUCUAUAUUAAUUACCAUGUAGUUUUAUGCUUAAUCUAAGUCUUAUUCGUAUAUAUAUUAACCGAUCACAUUUAAUUUUGAAUAAAGCAUUUAUGUCCAAAAAAUUUUAUGAGACAAACCAUAUCAAUCUUUAUAGUCCAUAUAAAGAAGUUGAAAUACCUGUUCCUUGGGGUCACAUUGCUGGAAAAUUAUGGAAUAAUGACUUAAAAUCAAAAAAAGUUUUAUGUGUUCAUGGUUGGUUAGAUAAUGCAAAUUCCUUUGACCCAUUAAUUAGCUUAUUGCCCCAAAAUAUAACAUUUCUAGCUAUAGAUUUAUCAGGACAUGGAAAAUCUAGUCAUUUACCUAAUGGAUCUCAGUAUUAUUUUACUAAUUGGAUAUUCGAAUUAGCUAGAGUUAUAAAAUUUAUGAAAUGGGAUCAUGAAAAUGAAAAAAUAUCACUAAUUGGCCAUAGCAUGGGAGCUGGGGUAUGCUUAUUGUAUGCUUCAUUAUUUGCAGACAAAAUUGAAAAAUGUGUUAGCUUAGAUGUUGUUGCACCUUAUAAUUAUCCUGUAGAUAAGUGUUAUGAUAUAUUACAACAAAGUCUUAAAAUGAAUUUUAUAUAUGAAAAUGAUCCAGACAUUGGAGAUAAACCUUAUACCUAUGAUAAUGCUAUCAAAAGAUUAUUGGAAUUUCAAUCAUUAAAUGAAAAAUCAGCCAAAAUUAUGUUACAAAGAGGUAUGACUCAAAACAUAGAUGAUGCCAAUACUUAUAAAAUGAAUAGAGACAUAAGACUUCACUAUAAAACACCAAUGUAUUUUUCUGAUGAUCAUUGGAAACUCUUUUUGAAUAAACUUAAAUGCCCUACUUAUGUAAUUUUAGGGAAAAAUAGUCAUAUAAAGGGUGAAAUUAUAAGUGAGGCAAAAUACAUUGAAUAUGAAUCAUUGUUAAAAAAAAUUUUAGGAUCUAAAUUUCUGAUGAAGGAGUAUCCAGGCACACAUCAUUUACAUAUGAAUACUCCAGAGCUUAUUGCACAGAGCAUAACACAAUUUUUGACUUCUUAAUUUUUGAUUGUAGCUAAUUUUUUAAAGUUUUACUUAAUAUACAUGAAUCUAGUCAUUUACAAAUUGCAAACAAUUCCAAAAUUUUAAAGUAUUCUCACAUUUUUUAUAUAUUUAUAGAUAAUUUCAUACAAUCCUGUAAACUACCUGCAUAUAUUAAGUUAGUAAUAAUUUGAUUUACAAUGUCUUAUAAUUUGUUUUGUUAAAUAAC